CUGGUACCCUCGGGGUGCUGCUCCAUCACCAGCAAGUGAACGCAUCAUCAUUGAUCCGCGGGGCCUGUCAUUAAGAUAUUCUCACUUUUUAAGCUAAUUUCCGACGCAAAUAUAAUCUAAAUUUUAAGACUUACUCAAGAAUCGGAUCGUGACGUGACUGGAGGAGGCUCAUUUUUAGUCAUUUGCGAACCAGAAAAACUUGCAAAACACUCUGUGAAAAAUGGCUGACAACGGAGUGCAGGCGACCGACGAGGACCCGGCGGCUGCUUUCCUGGCCCAGCAGGAGAGCGAAAUCGCGGGGAUCGAGAGCGAGGCAGACGGCUUCGGGGCUCUGGAGGGAGCCGAGACGAGCCAACCUGCCCCACACAGCACCGCCAACUACGAUGGUUUUGAGGACGGACUGGCCACGGUGAACGGGGACAUCUACCAGGAGCCCAACGGGCUGACAGACAGCUAUGCAGCCAUUGCUCAGGUGGACAUCCAGAGGCAGGAGCCGGAGAGUUUGCGGAAGUGGAGGGAGGAGCAGAAGACGCGCCUUGAAGCUUUAGACUCGGCGUCCAAGGCAGCGGAGGCCGAGUGGAGAGAGAAGGCCAGGAAGGAGCUGGAGGACUGGCACGUGCACCAGGGGGAGCAGAUGGAGAAGAACAAGGCCAAUAACAGGAUGGCUGACAAGGCCUUCUACCAACAGCCCAGCUGCGCCCUGAUAGGCCUGCUAGCGUCCGAGGAGGCCUUCCUGGCCGAGAGCGACGGCGACAGCCCCGCCGGCUCCGAGUGGGAGCGCGUGGCCCGCCUGUGCGACUUCAACCCCAAAACCAACAAGCAGGCCAAGGACGUGUCCCGGAUGCGCUCGGUCCUCAUCUCCCUCAAGCAGACGCCUCUGGUCCGCUAGCGCCGUCUGCCGCUCCUCAGUUCCCGCCUCACUUUCACCAUCGUCGUCUUUUAACUCUCUUUCACCGAUUGGAUUCCCGCGCUCCCGGAGCGCAGCGCUACUGUCACACCUCUCACCUUAGAAAAGGUUCACUCCCCACGUGCGCAUGUCACGGUUCGACUCCGCCUCCCUCCAGCCAACAGCACUGUAGCCGCUCAGAUUGUAACCACGUUUGCCUCUCCAACCUGGAGCCACUCACGCGCUGGUGGGAGACGGCCCGGCGCUGAGUUUCAGUUCCUUCCUCAGAGUUACUUUCAUGGCAGUCAAGGUUCCCACAGAGAAAAAAAAACACACACAUUUCACAAGUGGCCUAUUUGGACUUGAUAGAAGUGAAUGUUGAUUGGGACAAUAAAGAUGUUA